GAUUCAGGAGGGAAAAGCAGCAAAAGAAUUGAGACUAAAAUCUCUGAAUAAUAUGGUUUAUUAGAUAAUAGAAAAMAACAACAAAGUGUUUUUAGUGUAUGUGUGCACUUGUGUGCCUAGUAAAUGURUGUGUGCAGAGGGGGUGUGGAGAUACACCUGUAUUUACAGAAAAACCCCACCUUCUCUUUCAGCGAGAGGCCAAACCACACAGGAGCAGCAGGAUGAGGUCUGGCUGGAUCAAAGGCUUCCUGGUGGUCCUGGUCCUGGCUUUGGCCUCGUUGUAUCUCAGCAACAUAAAGACCCAGGUCUCCACCCACUCAGAGAGACUCCAGAAGGCCCACCACAAUGAGACCAUCAGGGGCCAGACGAUACUCGGGAGGAUGGACAAGAUGCAGAAAAACAUCAACAGGCUGCAUGUGCAGAGAAAAGGUACCCGGAGGACCUGCCCUCCCUCAGCGUGGUGGUGAUCUACCUGGACGAAGCUCUGUCCAUCAUCAAGCGGGCCGUCCGCAGCAUCAUCGAUAAGACGCCCGCCAGGCUACUGCAGGAAAUAAUCCUGGUGGACGAUCACAGCACCAACGAGGAUUUAAUGGGGAAACUGGACGAAUACAUCGACUCCGUCCACGAGAAGCAUCCAGGCCUGAUGAAGAGGGUGCGGCACUCGGAGCAGCUCGGUCUGACUCAGGCCAGACUGUCGGGCUGGAAGUCGGCUGUAGGAGACGUGGUGGCCGUCUUGGAUGCUCACAUAGAAGUCCAUGUGCAAUGGGCAGAGCCUUUGUUGGCUCGGAUCAAGGAGGACCGCACUGUGAUACUGACCCCAGUUUUUGACAAAGUCAACUUUGAUGACUUGACACUCACUCCUUACACAACUAGCGCUCAUGGCUUCAACUGGGCUCUAUGGUGCAUGUACGAGCUCUUCAGACCCGAGUGGUACGCCUUAAAGGACGAGUCACUCCCUGGCAAGAGCCCCUCCAUCAUGGGGAUCCUUGUUGCUGAUCGCAAGUUCUUUGGAGAGAUUGGAAGUCUUGACAGUGGAAUGAAGAUAUACGGAGGUGAAAAUGUGGAGCUUGGCAUCCGGGUGUGGCUGUGUGGAGGCAGCAUAGAAAUUAUACCUUGCUCUAAAAUUGCCCACAUUGAACGAUACAAGAAGCCCUAUGCUCAUGACCUGGAAACCACUGUAAGACGUAAUGCCCUAAGGGCGGCAGAGGUGUGGCUGGAUGAGUACAAAUACAACGUUGAAAUCUCUUGGAACCUCCCCAUAGGGAAUCAUGGGAUAGACAUCGGAGAUGUGACGGAGCGGAAGAAGCUGAGAGAGAGGCUGAAGUGUCGGCCGUUUCGGUGGUACCUGGAUAAUGUUUACCCCCUGCUGGAACCACUACAGAACCUGUUUGGAUAUGGAGCCCUGAUUAACGACCUGCAGCCAGAUCUGUGUGUGGAUCGAGGACCUAUGCCUGCUGACUCUCCUAUAGUUUACAGAUGUCACUUCCUCUCUAAUCAGCACUGUUWUGUUACCAAUGGGGAACUUUACGUCGGCGGAAUCAAAUCUCACAAAUACGAGAGCAACAACUGCCUGGUGGACCCUGGGUCGGGCGACAUCCCCAGACUUCACGAGUGCAACGUGGCCCAGCAGAAGAAAUUUCACAUGUUGUGGAAUUUUAAGCAGGGAGGACCUAUCCAGAACAGAGAGACGAAGAGAUGUUUAGAAAUUACCAUGGGUGAGGACGGUUAUUUCAAACUGGUUGUUCAGCAGUGCAGCGGUCAGAGGUGGAAGAUCCAACACAUCAUCAACGACAUCGCUGCACAUUGAGCCAAACAAGGGAUGAAAUUAAUAAA